AUGGCGCAACUUGACACCCUCGAUUUGGUCGUCCUGGUGGCGCUCUUGGUGGGUAGCGUAGCCUACUUCACCAAAGGCACCUACUGGGCGGUCGCGAAAGACCCUUACGCCUCAUCCAGUACGUCGAUGAAUGGUGGGGCCAAGGCAGGGAAAUGUCGCGACAUCAUCGAGAAGAUGGAAGAGACCGGCAAGAAUUGUGUGAUUUUCUAUGGCUCGCAAACUGGAACUGCCGAGGACUACGCGUCUAGGCUGGCAAAGGAAGGCUCGCAGCGAUUCGGUCUCAAAACUAUGGUCGCGGAUCUGGAAGACUAUGACUAUGAGAAUCUGGACAAGUUCCCCGAGGAUAAGGUUGCUUUCUUCGUCCUGGCAACAUACGGUGAAGGUGAACCUACCGAUAAUGCGGUCGAGUUCUAUCAGUUCCUCACCGGUGAGGACGCUGCUUUCGAAAGUGGAGCUACCGUCGACGACAAGCCUCUGUCAUCCCUCAAGUAUGUCACUUUCGGUCUUGGAAACAACACGUAUGAACACUACAAUGCCAUGGUUCGUAACGUGGACAGCGCUCUCCUGAAGUUCGGUGCCCAGCGUAUUGGUUCUGCUGGUGAAGGUGACGAUGGGGCUGGUACAAUGGAGGAGGAUUUCUUGGCCUGGAAAGAACCCAUGUGGACUGCACUCUCCGAGACCAUGAACUUACAGGAGCGCGACGCUGUGUAUGAGCCGGUGUUCAAUGUCACGGAGGAUGAGACCCAGAGCCCCGACGAUGAGAAUGUGUACCUCGGUGAACCGACUCAAGGUCAUCUCCAAGGCAAUCCCAAAGGCCCCUACUCUGCACAUAAUCCCUAUGUCGCUCACAUCGCCGAAUCUCGUGAACUGUUCACUGUCAAGGACCGUAACUGCCUACACAUGGAAAUCAGCAUCGCGGGAAGCAAUCUCACCUAUCAAACUGGUGAUCACAUAGCUGUCUGGCCAACUAAUGCUGGUGUUGAGGUAGAUAGGUUUAUACAGGUUUUUGCUCUUGAAGGGAAGCGCCAUUCUGUCAUCAACAUCAAGGGUAUCGAUGUGACCGCCAAGGUUCCCAUUCCAACCCCGACUACCUACGAUGCUGCAGUUCGCUACUACCUGGAAGUCUGUGCCCCUGUUUCCCGUCAGUUCGUUUCCACUCUGGCUGCCUUCGCUCCAGACGAUGAGUCCAAGGCGGAGAUUGUCCGUUUGGGUGGCGAUAAAGACUAUUUCCAUGAGAAAAUCACCAACCGUUGUUUCAACAUCGCCCAGGCUCUCCAGAGCAUCACAUCUAAGCCCUUCUCCGCCGUCCCAUUCUCUCUGCUUAUCGAGGGACUUACCAAGCUUCAGCCGCGUUACUACUCCAUUUCUUCUUCUUCCCUGGUUCAGAAAGACAAGAUCAGCAUUACUGCCGUUGUGGAGUCGGUUCGCUUGCCUGGCGAGAGUCACUUUGUGAAGGGUGUGACCACGAACUAUCUUCUCGCGCUCAAACAAAAGCAAAACGGCGAUGCUUCCCCCGACCCUCAUGGCUUAACGUACUCGAUCACUGGCCCUCGCAACAAGUACGAUGGAAUUCAUGUUCCUGUCCAUGUUCGCCACUCCAAUUUCAAGCUGCCCUCGGACCCCUCGAGACCUGUGGUCAUGGUUGGGCCGGGUACUGGUGUCGCUCCUUUCCGUGGCUUCAUUCAAGAGCGUGCUGCUUUGGCAGCUAAAGGUGAGAAAGUCGGCCCUACAGUAUUGUUCUUCGGUUGCCGUAAAUCCGACGAGGAUUUCUUGUACAAGACCGAAUGGGAGACCUUUCAGAAACAGCUUGGUGACUCUCUCAAGAUCAUCACUGCCUUCUCGCGCGAAACGUCUCAGAAAGUAUACGUUCAACAUAGGUUGCUGGAGCAUGCCGAGCUGGUCAGCGACCUUCUGAAGCAGAAAGCUACAUUCUACGUUUGCGGAGACGCCGCCAACAUGGCCCGUGAAGUCAACCUAGUGCUUGGGCAAAUCAUUGCCAAACAGCGUGGCCUCCCUGUCGAGAAGGGUGAGGAGAUGGUUAAACACAUGCGGAGCAGUGGCAGCUACCAGGAAGAUGUCUGGUCAUGA